UCGUUAGGGCUUCCUCUUAGCUAAAACCUUUCACCUCUGUAACUGCGAGAAGUAUCAGAGCUCAGCUCAGACGAGGUAGGAGGGAGAGAGGGAGGGAGCAUCGACGCAGCAGCAGCCAUGGCGACCACCAAAGUCCAGAAGAUUAUGACCCAGCCUAUUAAUCUCAUAUUCAGGUUUCUCCAAAGCAAAGCACGCAUACAGAUUUGGCUUUUCGAGCAGAAGGAUUUGAGGAUCGAAGGCCGUAUCAUUGGGUUCGAUGAGUACAUGAAUCUGGUUUUGGAUGAUGCUGAAGAAGUCAACAUUAAGAAGAAGACUAGAAAGUCACUAGGGAGGAUCUUGCUCAAAGGGGACAAUAUAACUUUGAUGAUGAACACGGGAAAAUGAUUCAAUGAGUUUUUUGGGUUGUGCUUAAUCUAGUGGAUUAAGCUUUCUGCUGAAGUCUCCUGUGUCGAACCCCCAGUGCAACUCCAGAAGUCCGUGUGGCAUCAACACCUACUUAGACAUGUAGCCAGAUAUGCUGCUUUUUGUCCAGUGUGCUUAUCCCUGUGAGAUCUGUAGUUUAAAAACCAUCAUGAUUUUCCAAGUGUCAUAGUUCAAUAUGCUUUUCUCUAGGACGAUUUUAAGUUUGGGGAUUGGUUAUGUCGUAGCCGAUAUUAUCAGUGCUUAUGCUCUUAACACACUGAGCUUCAGAACACCCCUUUGAAUAGCCCUAACUUUGGGGUGGGAUGAAAUUAUGCUGCAUCUGAUUCUUUUAGCUAACUUUGAUGAAAUUCGGCCAACGGGAGCCUUA